CAGAGGACCCCGUGCUCCCGUCCCCAGAGACAAGCGAGCGCACACGCCCUCCCUCUGCCUGCCCUCCCCUCAACGCAACAAACAAACAGAGGAAGAUCGAGCGGCCGCAAUGGGGAGGGCUCCCUGCUGCGAGAAGAUGGGCCUCAAGAAGGGCCCGUGGACGCCGGAGGAGGACAAGGUCCUCGUCGCCCACAUCCAGCGCUUCGGGCACGGCAACUGGCGCGCCCUGCCCAAGCAAGCCGGGCUGCUGCGGUGCGGCAAGAGCUGCCGGCUCCGGUGGAUCAACUACCUGCGCCCGGACAUCAAGCGCGGCAACUUCAGCAAGGAGGAGGAGGACGCCAUCAUCCGCCUCCACGACCAGCUCGGCAACAGGUGGUCCGCGAUCGCCGCCAGGCUGCCGGGGCGGACGGACAACGAGAUCAAGAACGUCUGGCACACGCACCUCAAGAAGCGGCUCGAGCCCGCCAAGGAGGAGGAGGUGGCGGCGCACGAGGCGCCGGCGGGCGGCGCCGGCGGCAAGAAGCGCCGGCCCGCGGUGAAGCGCGGCGGCGCGAGGAGGGCGCCGCCGGCCGCCGCCGCCGCGCCGGUGUCGCCCGAGCGGUCCGCGUCGUCGUCGGUGACCGAGUCAUCUGUGACGGAGCAGGGCAACACGGGGAGCUCCGGGUUCCCCAAGGAGGAGAGCUUCACCUCGUGCCCGGACGCCGAGGAGCAGUUCCGGUUCGACGAGAGCUUCUGGUCCGAGACGCUGUCGAUGCCGCUCGAGAGCUUCGACGUCCCCAUGGAGCCCUGCGACGCGUUCGGCGCCGCGGCCACCUCGGCGUCGGCCGCCGCCCCCGACGACAUGGACUACUGGCUCAGAGUGUUCAUGGAGUCCGGCGACGUGCAACAAGAAUUGCCGCAGAUUUAGAGAGGGAGAGAGAGAGUUUUCACCCAGUUCCUCAGCUAAUUGAUUCAUCGUUCUUUUCUCUCUCUCUCUCUCUCUCUCUCUCUCUCUCUCUCUCUCUCUCUCUCUCUCUCUCUCUCUCUUGUUGUCAUCUCGCAUCGCGGCAUCGGAGGGGACGCAUCUAACAGACAAAGAGUGCCCACGACGGAAUUAGGCAGGAAGAACGCGACGUGCCAAUCAAGCCACUUUGAUCGAUCUUGUUUACCUUCUUGUAUAUAAAGAUGAUCGAGAAGAUACCCGUGAUCGAAACCUAUGCGUCCUGAUGAGAAGAAUUCUUUUGCACGAUGUGCGGAUUUCUUUGUACAAUAGCAAUCACCGGAAAUGGACUGUGCCUCACCAAAUUGGUUGCUUCAGCUCACCUUGUACGCUGCUCCUGUUCGGUUACGAAAUCACAUCAUGCCAAUGCUGAA